UUAUUAUUGCUUUCUUAUGAUUAUUCUUGUGUGUUUCUUUCGUACCAUUACGUAUAUGUUCUUAUAACUUUAUUAUUGCUUUACUUGUAAUAAAAUAUAUGACGUUAAUAUCGUUUAAUUUUAUUGCGGAUACUACCUUACACCAGUACUUCAUUAAUAUUAAUACAUAACCUCUGCUUAUUUCGCGAUUAUUAACAUUUUGACAGUUUGCGAAUGAUAUACCUCUUUGUUUAAACAUUGAUUUACAUGUAAAUAAUUGUAAAUUAUGUAUGAAGCUACAAAUCAUACGUGCAUCUGAUGCACAAUGAAACUGCCGUGAUAUAACUGUUUAUGAAAGUAUUUAAAAAAAUGUCGGCAAUUAUAGAUGACAAAGUGGUUGCAGGAGCAAAAUCUGCAAACUCUGUCAAAGAGGAUCCUAUUGUAGCUUUAACGGAGAAAGUAAAUGCAUUAUAUUUUUUUCGAGAUCAUUACUUUGUGAACCAUUCUAUUGAGGAAGCAAUUAAAAAGAAAAGUGAUGUAGAGAAAGAAAUGAAAGAUACCAUAAACAAAUUUGAUGAAUGUAAAGGAUAUGAAAUUGAUGGAUCAAGAGCAAAAUAUUAUUAUCUGAAGGGAAAAGCUUUAAAUGUUACAGAACGAUUUAUACCUCAGGCAGAGGAAUUAUUAACUAAAGCUGUAAAAUUAGAACCUAAUUUAGUAGAAGCAUGGAACGAAUUGGGAGAAUGUUAUUGGAAAAAUGAUGAUAUUCAACAAGCAAAAAAUUGCUUUGUUGGUGCUUUACGUCAUGGUAGAAAUAAAGUAUCAUUAAGAAAUUUGUCGAUGGUACUCAGACAAGAAUCGGUAUCUACUGUUGAACAACAAAUCCAAAAUAUACAGAAGGGUGUAGAAUAUGCUAAAGAGGCAGUUAGCCUUGAUACAACAGAUGGAAUUUCCUGGGCAAUUCUUGGAAAUGCAUAUUUAUAUUCCUUUUUUACAGUAGCACAAAAUCCUUCAACUUUACGUCUCUGUAUGUCAGCUUAUGUGCAAGCAGAAAAAGACAUUGUGGCAGGAAGUAAUCCUGAUUUAUUUCAUAACAGGGCAGUGGCUUUAAAAUAUCAAGAAGAAUAUUGCUUAGCAUUGAAGUCAUUUGAAAGAGCAAUGUUAUUAGAUCCAUUAUGGGAAACACCACAUAACAAAAGGGACGAAUUGUUACAAUAUUUAAAAGAUGUACAAAAUUUAGUAAACAAUAAUGGAAAAGUAAAACCGAAAAGAUUGUACCAAAUGAUACGGGCAUUGGAUGUUAAACAUUUGGGACCUUAUAAAGGUGGCUCUUUCACGUCCGGUCAGAAAACCGUAAAAUUAGAUUUAGUGUCGUUGAAAACUUUAACCCUCGGAUUAAAUCCUGAGAAAGUUAUAUUUGGGAAAGUAGUGUGUUGGAUACAAGACACGGAUUGCGUACCUUUCGCAUUUUGUCUCGUUGACGAAGAAAAAACAUGUAUCGGCGUGACCGUAUACAACCUUGCCAAAGGUCGUGGGGUAACUGUUGGAGAUUCUGUUGCUAUACCUGAACCGUUUGUGAUUCAUCAAAAGUUUUCUUAUCUCGACAAUGACUUUGACUUCAAAUCUAUACGCGUUGAAACUCCGGUUAUAUUGGUUGUUAAUGGGAGGAAAUUAGGUAGAGAACAGCAAGCAUCUGCAAAAUUACAUACUUUUAAAAAAACUGAUUGAGCUUGAUACACAAAUAUUCGUUCGACAAUUUGUAGCUAGCAACGAGACUUCCUUCGAUCUAAAAUAGGAAUCAGUGUCACUGUCAAUACCUAAUGUGAUAUUUGAAUUUCGAGUUUAAGUAUUAUAGUAUAUUAAAUAGCAUUAACUAAUCUUACCAUAGUCAAUAUUUCGUGAGAUAGGUCGGUAUACUUAUAUUGUUGCGAGUUUAUCCGUAAAAAUAUUGUUCUAGUUAGAAACAAUUCAAUUAAAAAA